CGACUAUAAUUUUGUUGCUCCUUUAUCAAUAUCCCAAACGUUCGAAAAACGCUGAUACGAUUUUUUGUUUUGCUUGCGAACAAUACGAUGAAUACUCGUAAAACUUCGUGUAAACGGUGAACAGAAAAGUCAAAAAAUUACGACAUGUAACACGUUGCAGGCAGGUAGUUGACGAAAGGAGCACAUACGAUGGGGACAACGGCGGAUGAACAGCAACAAUUUUCUUACCCACUGCACGAGUGCGUGUUCGAAGGCGACGUCCAAGAGUUCGCUAGGUUAAUGAGGACGGAAGAUUUGUGCAGAAAAGAUAAACAUGGUAACACAGCUCUACAUUUGGCCAUCAUGCUUGGUCGUAAAGACAUAGUGCAACUAUUGCUUGCUCAUAAUGCACCGGUGAAGGUAAAAAAUCUGAGUGGAUGGACACCAUUAGCUGAAGCUGUUAGCUAUGGGGAUCGUAUUACUAUUACAUCAUUGUUAAAAAAAAUGAAACAUCAAGCACGAGAGCAAAUUGAAGACAGGCGACCAAAUUUAGUAUCUGCAUUAAAACAAGUAGGAGAUUUCUAUAUGCAAAUUAAAUGGGAUUUUCAAAGUUGGGUGCCUUUAGUUUCUAGAGUUCUACCUUCAGAUCUUUGUCAGAUACAUAAAAAAGGUACAUCUUUUAGAUUGGAUACUACACUGGUAGACUUUGCAAUGAAUGAUAUGAAAUGGGAACGUGGAGAGAUUACUUUUUUGUUUGAUGGUGAUGCCAAACCACCACAUUCUCUUAUUGUAAUGGACAAUAAAGCUGGUGUUUACCAACGUGUCAGAUAUUUAGAAACUGAAAUGGAAAUAGAAGAUGAAGUAGAUCUGAUGAUGAGUACAGAUAUAGUAACUGCACAGAUGUCUACCAAAUCAAUAACAUUUUCUCGAGCUCAAUCUGGUUGGAUUUUUCGACAAGAUAAAAAAGAAACUAUUGGUGAUUUUAAUGCAGAUUUUUAUCAUAUUAAUGGCUUAACAUUAGAACAGAAAAAACGAAGAGAACAUUUAUCUGAAGAAGAUCUACAAAAAAAUAAAGCAAUCAUGGAUAGUUUAACAAAAGGAGGGUGCUCUAUUAAUAUUGACUGCAAUGGUGAACCUGUAAGACGAGAAUCACUCUUACCACCUAUACCUUCACUUUGUACAUGGAAAGAGUAUGUAUCUUCUCCAGUAGGACAACACCCAAUUCUAGCAAGAGAGUUGGUUUGUAAAAACACUACUAGAGGGUUUAAAGCAACAGUUGCUAUGAGUAUGGAUUUUCCUCUGUCAGUAGCUAUGCUAAUGGAUGUACUUGAAGUCACUGCCCCAUUCAAACAUUUUGCUAAACUACGUGAUUUUGUUAAUUUGAAGUUACCACCCGGGUUUCCAGUCAAAUUAGAUAUUCCAAUACUGCCUACAGUGUCUGCCAAGAUCACAUUCCAAGCUUUUGAGUUCCGUGAUGACAUAGAUUCUGAACUAUUUGAAGUGCCGUCAAAUUAUGUUGAAGAUCCAUCAAGAUUUCCAGAUUUAUGACGGUUUUUAAGUUCUACAGCAUUUUCAUAAUUUCAGAAUUGUAUAAUUGCCAUAACAUUUUAUUGAAAUUUCUUUCUAUUUUUUUCAGAUACAUAU